GGAUUUUUAAAGACAACUGGCACAUACAAAAGUUAUAUUGUGGGGAACAUCGGCGUGCAAAAAGAGGACUACGGUGUACAUUGUUUUGGCGUUAAACUUGCUGGAAGUAGCAGCGUGUCUGUAUGAAAUUCAGAUGACGUAGGCGUGCAGCGUUCAAUGCAUAGCGCGUCUGUCUUUAUUUUGCUUUUAACAUACAGAAAUGUCACUUCUUUAAAUGUAGAUCAUCGAAGGCGACGCUGAAUGUUGGCCUCAACAAUAUUAUAGGUGAUCCUUCUUCAGGAAAUGUGGAGUGUGGCCAGGGGGGCAGCACUGGCUUUCCCUAUGGGUUUGCUUCUAACCAGGACCAUGGCAUGGAUAUCUAGUGGCAAAACACAUCCACAACUUAUAAGCCGUUUGCGAGAGCACGGAGUUAUCCGUAGCGAUCGAGUGUUCGAAGCCAUGCUUGCCACUGAUCGGGGCAUCUAUUCCAAAGACUACCCAUAUGAGGAUUCUCCUCAGUCAAUAGGGUACAAGGCCACCAUCAGUGCUCCUCAUAUGCAUGCACAUGCUCUGGAGAUUCUCAGUGACAAGUUAACUGAAGGAGCUUCAGCACUGGAUGUUGGCUCAGGGAGCGGUUAUCUCACUGCCUGCUUCGCAAGAAUGGUAGGUCCCACUGGAAAAGUGGUGGGAAUUGAUCACAUAGAAGAACUAGUGCAAGCCUCGGUGAAAAACGUCCAAGCUGAUGACCUGGAGCUGUUAACCUCUGGACGGAUCAAGCUAGUGGUGGGUGAUGGUCGGUUAGGUUUUCCAGAUGGAGCACCAUAUGAUGCCAUUCAUGUUGGGGCAGCAGCACCUACAGUCCCCAAAGCGCUUCUGGAGCAGCUGAAACCAGGUGGAAGACUGGUGCUGCCUGUAGGUCCAGAAGGUGGGAGCCAAGUGAUGGAGCAGUAUGAUCGCCAGAGUGAUGGUACCUUUGUCAAAAAGGCACUCAUGGGGGUGGUGUAUGUGCCACUUACAGACAGACGCCACCAGUGGCCAGGCGGUGAGCUCUGAUUGCAGUGUGGUUACUCCUGCAGGAGGUGCUUGUGGUGUUGCAGUGCAGAGAACACUUAGGACAGAGCGCAACGCUCUCACUUCAGCUGUGGAUUACUUUCCUACCUGCCCGCUCUAUCCAGCCUCUUCAGUUCUCUCAUUCUACUUUAUAAUGACUAAAACAAGGCAUUUUCAUCCAGCCGUUACUGGAAGUCACUGAGAUUGUUAUUUAAUUUUUGUCUUUCCCAUCUCCUUUCUAAAUGGGGUUUAUACCAUUGCCUAAAAAGGAAAAUUGUUUAUAGUUUUGUUUUGUUUUUUCUUAACAAGCCUCCCCUCUUGUUUUGUAAAACACUGUAUGUAAAAUAUUUUCUAACUGAAGUCAAAGCAAUGACAAGAGUUAAUUAAAGCAUUAAGGUAAUUAUUCGGAC